AUAUUUCGCGAGUGAGCGCUGUGUCUUGUUGUUGUAGUGCGCUUUAACUAACAGUAACUACACGUUUAGAUUUUAGUAGCAGUUGUAGUACUUGCUCUUUUCAAAAUUUCCGCCUUCAGAUAGCUUAGCUCGUCCUAUAUUUUGUAGUAUUCAGACCAGUCUCCUCUUACAAAGCAGACCAGAUCAGAUCUUCUCAGUAACCUGGAUCAGAUCGUAUCAUCACAGUUUCCUGGAUCAGCUCAUCUCAAUCAGAUAAUAUCAGAUAAAAUGUAUCUCGUAACUCUAUACACCGGCUCAGUCCCCACUCAACUCUGUCUCACGGAGUACAAGGAAGACCCUGUUAAUUUUAAACCGCUGACAUGCGAAGAUAUCGUGAGAAUUAAAAAUGAAAAGAAACAGCGGUCAUUGGAAAAGAAACAGAAAAUGGCAGAGAGCAGAAAGCAUCUAUCAGAUAUCAGAGUGUUGCAGCGUAACCUGGUGUUUGUCACUGGAAUUCCUCCUAAGUUAGCGGACGUAGAGAUUUUAAAAAAGCCGGAGUAUUUUGGGCGGUACGGUAAAAUACACAAGUGUGUAUUAAAUCAACAGGGACCAGUCGCCACCGCCUACGCAACAUACGUCCGCGAUGAGGACGCAUUCAAAGCAGUGUUGGGUAUUAACGGGACGUAUCUUCAGAACAACAUUUUAAGAGCCUCUCUGGGUACGACAAAAUACUGUAGUUACUUCCUCCGACAUCUCCCUUGUCCAAAACAGGAUUGUAUGUAUCUACACGGAUUAGGAGACAGUUCAGCUAGUUUCACUAAAGCAGAUAUGCAAGCCGGCAAACACCAGCAGUACGAGAAUAUUAUCUUCAGAGAGUAUUUCAGUAAAAAGGCUGAGACCAUGAAACAGAAUAUGUCAAGACAGAAAAUAACUGCUAAAGACGACUUAACGUGUGGAACUGCAGCUACGCGCGACGCGUGGUGCGCUCAACCCGCCGAGCUACUGGACAACCGUAAUAUCAGGUCCAUGAGCGAGAGUGAACACAGUUUCUACAACAAGACGUCCAUAUCCGACCCAGACCUUAGUUCAGGAAGUCGAGAAUCGGGUUCUUUAGAACCGCCGAAUACAGCAGACUGGAAUGAAAUUAAUAGUCAACGACGAAAUUCUCUGUCUUCUCCGUCAGAGGACGAAUUAGAUUUCGACCCCUGGGAAAUCAGUAAAGAUGGCCUUGAAGAGCUAAUCCAGAAUCAAAGUCAGGCCGGCUCAGAAUCUCCUACAACGUCCUCAGUCCCUCAGCUACCCACAACUACCACACAGCCUAGCUUCAAUAUGACAUCACAUUUUCAGGUUCAGAAUAAUUUUAUAAAUCACAUUCAACCAAAACCAGAGCCGUUUUCCUUCCAGUCAUUUCAACAAAAUCAGCCCUCUCAGCCAUUCGCCCCAUUUAGCCUAUCAGGAUUACAACAGCCCCACCACAACCCAAACUCAGUGGAUCGUCUGUUUGGGGGGAUCCCAUCCCACAUGGGUCCCUUGCCCCAGUUCAACCAGAAGAAAUCCUUCUCCGUAUCAGAUGGAUUCUACAACGGGUACGACGGGGCACCCCCCACCGUGCCUCACUUCAGCGACAUCAGACUCCACGACCCCAGCAUAGUGUCCACCUCACCGCAGGAUCUGAGGAGAGUUAACAGCUCUCCCGCCGCCCCCCAGCAGAACGCACUUGACAUGAGCUCCCUGCAACAAGGCCUGCAGGAACUAUUCCCACACGCUAAUAUCAGCUUCUCUGAUCCAAACCCGUUUGGGAGUGAGGGACUGUACGGUGCGGGGAGAGCUGCUAACGACAUGUGUCAGCGAGUGCGUCAGGCGCCCCCUGGAUUUCAGAAUGUAACACCCAACCAUACAAAUUUGCUUCUCUGCCAACAGCUACAGAAUGAACAUAAAGUCAUUAAGAUUCAAUAAGAAGACACGUUAAUAGAUUUAAAAAGACUGAAAGAAUUGCUAGGAGUUUGUUUUUGUAAAAACCGCUUUUGCUCUUAAUUUGCUUGCCAGCUCUCUCUGUUCCUCUGCUUGAGCUAGAAUUGUAGAGAAGUGGGAAUUGAUUAAAAAAUUUGAUUUGCCCCCUAAUUUUAGAGCCAAUAUGUGUUAAUGGUUUAUGGGACCUGUGAGAUGCGUGCUUUUCCAGGCUGCACGUGCUGUCGCGCGGUUUCAUGCCGCGUAAAGCACGUUCAGAUCUCCAUGGCUAACACGCUUCUCCCGACCUGUAGCAUGGAAUUGUUGAUUGUGGUGUUAUAUUUUGAUUCUAUGUAAAAUCUUCGCGAAAUUUCGAGGUAUUUUUCUUUUUCGGAGCUAAACUCGAAUGGAGUAAAGCGUAUCAUGGGCUUACCUGAAUCAGAAUGUCCCGCGAUAUCACACGUGAUCGUCGCGUGACAUUCAGAUUCCGUCCCAUUUUUCCUCAUCCUGCAUGGUAUUGUACAGUUGUUUUGAAAAUUUGAACACACUUAUUCUUAGAUCUCACACGUAUAGUAUGAAAG